ACCACCAUGUCUGUGGACACGCAGAGAGCCGUGGUGAGGGGCUCAGACCAGAGCGGGGCGGUAGGUCGAGCGUCCUCGGCCAGCGAUGAGGGGAGGGGUCCCAGUCAGGCCGGGGGGCAGCCCGGGGCUGCGGGCCCGAGACACGGGCGUCUGAUGCACCAGACCACCCUGAGCCUGGGAGACCAGACUUCUGGCACCUGCUACACCACCACACACUCUCAGAGCUACUCAGGCAGGUCGGCCAACGGACAGGUGCUCCUCUUCUUCCCCAGAGAUCCUUCGUGCGCCUCCCAGCACUCAGCCCAGCUGGACCUGAGUAACACGCCGUCGACCAGCCGGCCACAGACGCACAGCAGAUCGGCGCACGGUCCCAAAGACGUCGUACCGGUGCGUGAGGCAACAGCUCGUCGAUCCAGCCUGCCGCUUUCGAACUCUGACGUCCUGCACGGUCUGGGACGGAGGAACAGGUCACGGAACCGGGAGGGUGCGGCUAUGAUGGCCGUCACCAACCCCCGCGAGCCCACCUGUUACUGGACCACCUAUCGGAGUGAGCACAUGUGCGAGGACCCGCCCCGCCCAUCCCAGAGGCGUAUGGGGAGACCCACCCAGUGGCAUCAGCACGACAUUGUCACAGGGGAAGCGAGAGGCCAGGGUGUUCCUGUGAAGACGAGGAGGUCCGGGGACCGAGUCCUGUGGGCUGCGAGGCGCUGGGAAACCGACUGCUGCGCCUAUCGACUCAAGUGAACACC